UCGCUGUUUAUUUGUGGAAUGGCGGGAGAAGAAAGCGUGGUGUAAAGUAUGGGUGCCGUACAAUAUAUAGAAGUUCAGCCUUAUCCCGAAAGUUAUGGGGGCGAAAAAGAUUUGACAGUAAAUGCGGAAGCUGCUCAAAGUACUUUACAAGACAUCAAACUUCCAGAAAGUGCAGGAGGUUAUGCAUAUCAAGAAAGCUGUUUUCUGUCAACCCCCACAAGCAAUCGUUACAUAUAUUGGAGAGCUUCAAAUGAAAUUUUAGAAUUAAUUGAAGUAUCGUUGGAUGUAAAUUUGACUGGGAGUCAUAUAAGAUUACGUUUUCAGCAUACUCCUGUUCUAGAAGGAGUAAGCAUACAUGAAACUCAUGAUCAAGUUAUUAUUUUGGUUGCUACAAUAUCUAGUGUUCACAGGCUAGUUUUUCCUCAUCCUCGUAAACUUAUUGGAACGGAUUAUUUAUCUUUCCAUCCUUCAGAAGCUACACUUCCAUCAAUAUUUUUUGAUGCAUCACUUGCUACUUUACAAGAUAGUAAAAAUCAUUAUGUACUAAAUCAUGCUGCAUCAGUUGGUGUUCCUCUACCUCAUACUUCGUGUUCCUGGUUGACCCCUCAGAAAGAUGCUAUAUUUGUUUUGGCAAAUAGUAUUGGAACUUUAUUAGUUGUCUGUUUGCCUCAAGAUAAAGAAAAAGUAAUAGCAUUUGAAUUGAAGCAGACAUCAGUGAUGUCAAGAAUAAUUAGUGGUCUUGUUCCAUCUGUCAUUCGAGGAAAUCAAGUUAGAGAAGAUAUGGCAUAUAGCUUAGUUUGCCAUCCAUUUAAUGGGGAUACUUUAAUUUUUGCUUUAUGUAAAGAUUUUAGGAUAAGAAUGUGGUCAUAUCAGAGAAGAGAAUGUUUAAUGGAUGCAAAUGUGUUAGAAUGUUGUGGUGAUCGAAUAAUAAAUACUCCUCUUAAUUUAACAGCACAACAGUUUUCUAUGAAGAAAGUUAGUGGAUACAGAGAUCAAGAUUUUUUUCUAGCUGUGUACAUGAGCCUUCCUGAACAAAAUCAGUUUUUCAUAUUUCAAUCAAGAAUUUUUUCUGGUCAAUGUAAUUUAGCUUACAUAUCUACUUUAUAUGCACCAGAAUAUGAUCUGGUGGAUUUUCAUUUAACUGAUUCUCAGUUGUGGACAUUAUGGCUUAACGGAAAUAGUGAGCCAAUUGUAAAAUUUACUUUUAUAGAUAGUGAAGAAAAUCAAUGUAAAGAUGUAUCCUGGACAUUAGUUCAUCUUCAGACUCCUAUUUAUCGCAGAAUUGCUGACACCAGUAUAGCUAGUGAUUAUCAGUCAUCUCUCACUACUUUGAAAGAAGAAGUAACACAUGCAGUAGAAACAGAAAUUCGCUCUAGAGCAAGUGAAGGGGAACUUACAGAUGAAGAAUUUAUAGAUUUGCAGAUGGAAUGCUGGCAUAAAUUCUUUUCUUACUGUUUACAGUAUCAUGAGAAUAACUCAGAAAUUGAUCCAAAAAUUAAAAGGUUAUUUCUUAUUUUCUUAAAUAAUAAUACAUACAUCUAUUUACAUUUAACUUCUUUAUCUAUGAGUUUUCUAAAUUCUAAAAUUUUUUUAAAACAUACAGCUUUUAUUCCUGGUUCUUUGGUUCAUUUAUUCCUGCGAGAACAAGGAGGUAUUCAAGUUCGCCAACUACUUGGAUUGUUGCAACCAGCUGAAGAUAGAAUGCAAAGUGCUUGGAACAAUCUUUUACCUUCUUUAGUCAAUAUUGUGGCUCAAUUGAUUUGGCCAAAUGGAAUGAAUUUCUUAUUUCCUGAAUUCCUCUUAGUACAAUGUCAAUAUUUGCCAUUACAAGAAUAUGUAAGGUUAUUACAACAUUGGUGUGAAUGGAAUACUUGUUCUUACCAGUUUUUGGUUGCUAAUUGUCAUCUUUGUCUUGGUGAACCUCAAAAGGCAUUUGACUUAUUUUGUCAAGCUGCAGAAGGUAUAAAUAAUGAACUAUUUCUACAUAAUAAAUUAAUACAAGGCAUCGAACAGACUUCAUCGAGUUCCUUAAUUGUUCAGUAUUAUUUAAAGGUUAUUCAACUAUUUGAAUUUUUCAAACAACCAGAAUAUAUAAUUUUACUUGCCGAUACUGCUAUAAAUGUUAUCGAACCUGAAGAUCCUAGUAUUCCUGUUUUUUGGUCUUUAAUUUUCAAGUAUCAUUUAGAAUUAAAUCAUAAUGAAGAAGCUUAUACUGCUAUGAUAGGGAAUCCAGACCCUAUUCGAAGGAAAGAUAGCCUUAGACAGUUUAUUGUUGUUUUAUGUGAAAGAAGAGAAUUACAAUCACUCAUUGAAUUUUCCUAUGCAGACUUAAAGAAUGAUGUUGUAAACAUCUUGGAAUCACGUGCAAGAUCAACAGAUUUGUUAACACAGAAUUAUUACAGUAUUCUUUAUGCUUUUCAUAUACAUAAUAAUAAUUUUCGAAAAGCUGCAAGUAUAAUGUAUGAACAUGCGUUAAGAUUGAGCAGAGAAGUUUUUGGUCGUGAGAGUUUAGUAAAACAGGCUCAGUGUUAUCUAGCUGUUUUGAAUUGUUUAAGGCUCAUUGAUCAACAGUAUGCUUGGAUUGUUAAACCAAUACCAACUGUUACAGACAAUAAAGAUGAACCUAUAAAUGUGUCCCCAAAAAGGAAUUUUGACGGUGAAAGAAUACCACAAUCUGGUACAACUAAGAUGGAAGUACUAGAAAUUGAAGAUAUUAAACAUGAGUAUGACUUAGUUCAUGCAAGACUCAAACUAUUGCAAAAUGAUUCUUCUCCUACCAAUAUUGCAGCAAGUUUAUUAUCUCCUGGUGAAACAGUUACACUUCUUGUUAACUCUGGUUUUUAUGAUGCAGCAAUACAUAUAUGUCAGUCUUUCAAUUUAUCAUAUGUACCAGUGUUUGAUGGUAUUGCAGAAAAAUGUUUAGAAUUAAUGCAUCAGUAUAAUCAACAAGUUUUAUGUGAAGCUUGGGAAUGGUUAGGAGAAAAUGAAUUACCUUCUGUUCAGACAACGAGUGCUGAUAAAUAUCUUUGGUAUCUAUUGAAAUAUUAUCUUAAUAAAUAUGAAAAAUCAAACCAGAGUAUCUAUCAUCGAUGUGUGGUCUCCAAAUUAUUAGCAGAAGGAAGCCACUUACCAAUUUGGUUAAAAUUGUCAUACCAAAGGCGUAACUUUCCUGAAUUACUGUGGUUAUAUAUAAGUUGUGAUAUGCUAGAAGAUGCUACCCAAUUAGCAAUAGAAUAUAUUGAUGCUGUAAGGGGUGUUGGAAAAGAAUAUUUUGGAUUAAAAUAUGCAUUACAUGGUAUGAAUCCCCCAGUUUGGCUGCCAUACACAUUACUAGAUAUGUUAUUAAAUUCAUUAGAAGAAAAUCAAGAAGAUGAAGUUUACAAUGAGUUGUGCCAAAAAUUGAAGGACAAGCUCUGUGAAUAUCAAGCUGAAUUAGGAUAUGCUUCAAAAGCAACAGUCGAACUCUCAAGUCGGAAAACAUUGUAGUGGUUAGAAAUAAAAACAUGAGGUACCACACACUGUACAUGAUUUGAAAUUGUACAGUUUUGUGUUCAGUUAUUUUAUUAUAACCUACAACUAUUAUGGGUGAAAAUUUAUACAGUUCUUUUAAUGUUUGGAAGAUUUUUAUAUAUUGCAAUUUUAAUUACCCUAAUAAG